CUUUGUAUCUCAAUCGGUUCGUAGCAGACGUCAUUAGCAACAUGUCGGUAUCUGCGAAGAUAAGAUGUUUUCCUGUGGUUUUGUUACCAAUAUUUAUUCUAUAUUUGGUAUUGUCUUCGGUUGAUGGUAGGAUUCAUCGUUUAAAACUUGAGGAUGAUGAUCGUAGGCAGUUUACAUUAAGUACCUUUGGUUUUCUCAAAGGAGGAACUCUUACAGUAAAUGUAACAAAAUUCUCUUUCAUUAAAGAAAGUAGUCACAAGCUUGAUGAAUCAUCUUUUGGAUUUACACUUGACAAAAGUGGGAAUACUGGAAUGUCUACAUAUUUGGAAAGCAUGCAGGAAAAGUGUAUCCUGUCCAAAAAGGAUUCUGAUGAUACUGAUUCUGUCUCAUUAAUAUUUUUCCGUAUGAAUUUUAAGGAUGAAGUUUUGCACGUGGACCGGAAAGGGAAAGAUUUAAGUCGUUUAAUGAUAUCUACUCUGGAUAAAAAGACUUUCAUCUCUCGGCAUAAACUAUUUCGACGUGAUUCUGAUGACCAGGUGAAAAAACAUGUGGCAAGUGACAGUUUCUUGUUGCCCAGAUUUCAAAGGGCUGCCUUGAAGCCUGAAGCAAAUAAUUCUUUGCCCUUAAAUAAUUCCUUGGUCAAUACUACAGUAAAAGAACUCUCAAAGCCUGUUUCAAAUUCAACUUCAACCAAUAACACUCUUCCUUCAGCUAGUAAAGAACACAAAAUAUCUACAGCAGGACCCACUGAUGGAAUAGUGCAAGAUGUUAUUAAGCUAAAGAAAGUCAAUGGAUAUUAUACAGCUUAUUUCCUUGUUUCUGUAAAGAAAGAUAAUGAAGAGGGCCUGUACAAUUUGUUCUUUCACAACUGUAUUAAUUACAAGGGAGCAAAUUCAGCUGUUAAUUUAUCUUUAAUUCUUGUAGAAGAUAACAAUGGAAAUUAUCUUUCUGCUGGUGAUAUGCCUUUACCAAUGCUUAAUUUUGUUUGUAGCUUUGCAUUUUUCUUGACUGGAUGUGCCUGGCUUUUUGUGCUCCAACGCUCAAGUGAAGAUGUGUACAAAAUGCAUUAUUUAAUGCUUGGAGUUGUUUAUGUGAAAAGCAUUUCCUGUUUAUUUCAUGCUAUAAACUUUCAUUUUAUACAGACCAAGGGUAUACAUGAAGAAGCUUGGGCCAUAUUAUAUUACAUUGUCUAUUUAAUGCGUGGAGCUCUUUUAUUUACCACAAUUCUCUUGAUUGGAGCAGGAUGGGCUUUCAUUAAACACAUGUUGUCUGAUAAAGAGAAAAAACUGUUCAUUAUAAUUAUUCCACUUCAAGUAUUGGCCAAUGUAGCUUGGAUUAUCGUUGAGGAAAGUGAAGAAGGGCAAUCACAGUACACAGUUUGGAAAGAAAUAUUCAUUCUUGUUGAUUUGUUGUGCUGUGGAGCCAUUUUGUUUCCUGUUGUAUGGUCAAUACGACAUUUACAAGAUGCUUCACAGACUGAUGGCAAAGCAGUUAUAUCUCUCAAUAAGUUAAAAUUAUUUAGACAGUUUUAUAUUUUGAUUGUCUGCUAUAUUUAUUUUACUAGAAUAAUUGUCUAUUUACUAAAGAUUACAGUACCAUUUAAGUAUGAGUGGUUGGAUCCUAUGUUUAAAGAAAUGGCAACAUUUAUCUUUUUCAUAGUGACGGGCUAUAAAUUCCGUCCAGCCUCUGAUAAUCCUUACUUGCAAGUUCCUCAAGACAGUGAUGAAGAGAUAGAAAUGGAGGAAGUGUUAACUAAAAAUAGUGCUUUGGACAAUGUAGUGAAAGUAAGUCGGUCAUCAAAAACUCAGGAGACUGAGCCAAACACUGGUGCUAAGCAGAGAGAGAGCAGUCACGAAUACGACUGAAGUCAAUCAAGACUUCAGUAAGAGUUGAAAAACUGGGGAAACUGUAAAUAAACCAUGGAAAGAACUGGACCUAAAUCAAUUGUAAAUUCUACACAUCUUUUAACAAUGAUAUUUAAUUAUUAUUUCCAGGACCAAUUUGUUUUGUCAGAGAUAGACUAUGACCACCACCCCUCAUGGAACAGUAUGGUCAGGUGAAGAACAUAGUGAUAAUGCUGGUUGGGAUUAUCAUAUCAAGAUUGUUUCAGCAGGUUUUAAUUUAUUUGGCUUUAAAUGUAUGCAGCUGUUAUUUAUCACUAUAUGAUCAAAUUGUUCUUUACUGCAUAUGCUAUUUUCUGCAAAACUAGGUCAACUUUCACCUGUUAGAAUUAAGAUUUUUAUAUAGGUUACAACAGCACUCACAAACAAAAGUUAUAGCUAACAUUUAUCUUAAAAUUAGGCUAGUUGAUUUGAGAUUUCAAGGUGGAGUCAAUUGUGAUUUAAAAUCCUAUUGCUCAUACCUUUAAAGAAGUGAAUCCUUUCUUUCCUUUGUUUCAGCCAAAGUAAUUCAACUCUACUUUGAUCUUUUAUAAGGCAUUCUGAUUGUAUUCUCAAUGCAUUGGGAGAUCAUGUCACAAUAUCAUUUUGGCAUCAUUUGGAAACUUGAUGUAUUUGAGAUUUUAUUCAAGGAAAUACAGGCUUUGUUAUUAAUCAUUUUAUUCUUGCUUGAAAUGUUGCCCCCAAAUCAUCCUAACAAAAAAGCAUUAUAUCAGUGAGACAGCGGGUGACUUGUUAGGGUUCUGUGAAUGCUCAGCUAAAAAAAAAAAAAAUUAUAACACAGACUCCAUUGCAGUUCUUGAAACCCUUCCUUUUGUUUCAGUUUCUUAUAUAUAUCUAUUGUUGUACUAAAAAAAAAAGCAACAAAAAUAUUUUCAUAGUUACCAGUAUUUAAGCCACAAAAGAGUUCAUAGCUGAUGAAUAAUGAAAAAAAAACAUUGGUUUAUUCAAGAUUGUAACUGAAAAUUUUGCUCUGAACAAUCCUGAUGAGUGUUAAUAUUUUUUUCUUAGAAAACAUCAAACAAAUAAUAUCUGGGUAAAAGUCGAGCAAACUAUCUGAAAAGUGUCCUUUUAAAAUUCUAUUCCUGAAGGAGGCUUUUAGUAAAUAACAAUAUAUACAUAACUAAAAUAAAAAAAAACUCUGAACAAAUAUUGCUUUGAAAGGAAGAAAAAAGAAAUGGUUGUGAGUUUCUCACUUAUUACACUCAGUUUUCAUUGCUUGAUUUCCUCUCAACUUUUAUUCUUUUCAAUGUUAUAUGAAGGGCAAAGAUUUUACUUUAUAAAACUUACAGCAGAAUGUCAUUUUCUGUCUAGGGACCAAUUUUUGUAUGAAUGAAGCUUUUAAGAUGCCUGCACAAACAACUGAUAUGUAUUAAUAGGAAUGAAACACACUCUUCCUUGUCUUUGCUCAUAUCCCCACACCAAAAGAUGAAAACUUAUUUUGCAAUCAAUUACUAAACCAGCACUAUUCAUAGUGGGGAAAAUUGAAUUAUGUUUGGUUAAUGCAUCAAUCAUAGUUUAAUUUGUGUUAAUUUCUCAGGUGUAGUUUAUUUUUCAUGUCAGUCUUUAAAGACCAAUUUGUAUAAUGGUGGGAGAAUAAAGUUCAUUUAAAAAAUCUCUUGUAACAUAUGACAAUGCUAUCUUGAAUUGAAAAAAGGAAAUGUGAUGGUAGAUGUCAAAGUCAUAUUGAUAUAGCAGGUGAAAGGUGGUGGUUCUUAAACAUUGUAUUCUACUGAGAACUCUCUAUUGAGCACCAACUGUGAUUGUCAAGGUAUUGAAUAAACUGUGUUUAUAAACCAUUUGUUUCAAAUAAAAUCUUUCAUUCCUAAUGAUUCCAGCAGCAACUAGUCUUCUGUUAACAGCGAUAUGACUGGUAGUAUCAACUAUUUUCUUGUUUGGAACUAUUUAUAACAGUUAUCCUUUUGGAAAUGGCAUGUGUCAGUCUUAUCAAAUUUAACAUUGACAUUUUGUACAGAUUAAAUAAAGACCAACGUUGUCUAAACAUUC